AUGGCGGCGCAGUGCUGCUGCCGCAAGGCCCCCGGCGCUGAGGCUGCGCCCGCCCGCCCGCCGCCUGAACCGCCACCCGCCCUGGACGUGGCCUCGGCCUCCAGCGCUCAGCUCUUCCGCCUCCGCCACCUGCAGCUGGGCCUGGAGCUGCGGCCCGAGGCGCGCGAGCUGGCCGGCUGCCUGGUGCUGGAACUGUGCGCGCGGCGGCCCGCGCCCCGCGCGCUCGUGCUCGACGCGCACCCGGCCCUGCGCCUUCACUCGGCCGCCUUCCGCCGCCCCUCUGCCGCCGCCGCUACCCCGGAACCACCCUGCGCCUUUGCCUUCGCUGCGCCGACGCCCGGGUCCCCGCCACCCCCGCUGCCUGCCUUCCCUGAGACGGCCGGCGAGCCUUCCUGCUGCCCACUGGCCUUCCGGGUGGACCCGUUCACCGACUAUGGCUCCUCGCUCACCAUCACGCUGCCGCCCGAGCUGCCAGCACACCAGCCCUUCCAAAUCAUCCUGCGCUACACUUCCAUUGAUGCCCCUGCAAUCUGGUGGCUGGACCCGGAGCUGACUUACGGCCACUCCAAGCCCUUCGUGUUCACACAAGGCCACUCUGUUUGCAAUCGUUCCUUCUUCCCCUGCUUCGACACGCCUGCUGUCAAGUGCACCUACUCAGCCGUUGUCAAGGCUCCCUCAGGGGUACAGGUGCUGAUGAGCGCCACCCAGAGCUCAUAUGUGGAGGAGGAGGGUGUGUACCAUUUCCACAUGGAGCACCCGGUGCCCGCCUACCUCGUGGCCCUGGUGGCCGGAGACCUGCAGCCCGCGGAUAUCGGACCCAGGAGCCGUGUAUGGGCUGAACCAUGCCUGCUGUCCACGGCCACCAGCAAGUUGUCAGGUGUGGUGGAGCAGUGGCUUAGUGCAGCCGAGAGGCUCUAUGGGCCCUACAUGUGGGGCAGGUACGACAUUGUUUUCCUGCCGCCCUCCUUCCCCAUUGUGGCCAUGGAGAACCCCUGCCUCACCUUCAUCAUCUCCUCCAUCCUGGAGAGUGACGAGUUCCUGGUCAUCGACGUCAUCCACGAGGUGGCCCACAGCUGGUUUGGCAACGCUGUCACCAAUGCCACCUGGGAGGAGAUGUGGCUGAGCGAGGGCCUGGCCACCUACGCACAGCGACGUAUCACCACUGAGACCUACGGUGCAGCCUUCACCUGCCUGGAGACUGCCUUCCGCCUGGACGCCCUACACCGGCAGAUGAAGCUGUUGGGGGAAGACAAUCCGGUCAGCAAGCUACAGGCCAAGUUGGAACCAGGAGUGAACCCCAGCCACCUGAUGAACUUGUUCACCUAUGAAAAGGGCUACUGCUUCGUGUACUACCUGUCCCAGCUCUGCGGGGAUCCCCAGCGCUUUGACGACUUUCUCCGCGCCUAUGUGGAGAAAUACAAGUUCAGCAGCGUGGUGGCUCAGGACCUGCUGGAUUCCUUUCUCAGCUUCUUCCCAGAACUGAAGGAGCAGAGUGUGGAUUGUAGGGCAGGUCUAGAGUUUGAGCGCUGGCUUAAUGCCACAGGCCCUCCACUAGCAGAGCCGGACCUGUCUCAGGGAUCCAGCUUGACCCGGCCAGUGGAGGCCCUCUUCCAUCUGUGGACAGCAGAGCCGCUGGACCAGGUGGCUGUGUCAGCCAGCACCAUUGACAUCUCCAAGUGGAGGACCUUCCAGACGGCACUUUUCCUGGAUCGGCUGCUGGAUGGGUCCCCACUGCCCCAGGAGGUGGUGAUAAGCCUGUCCAAGUGUUACUCGUCCCUGCUGGACUCCAUGAACGCUGAGAUCCGUAUUCGCUGGCUGCAGCUCAUUGUCCGAAAUGACUACUACCCCGACUUACACAGGGUGCGGCGCUUCCUGGAGAGUCAGAUGUCGCGCAUGUACACCAUACCGCUGUACGAGGACCUCUGCACAGGAGCCCUCAAACCCUUCGCCCUGGAGGUGUUCUAUCAGACCCAGGGCCAGCUGCACCCCAACCUGCGCAGAAACAUCCAGCAGAUCCUGUCGCAGGGCCUCGGCCCGGGUGCGGAGCUGGCCGCGGAGCCAGAUACAGGCGCGGGCACCGACACGCCGGCAAUGCUACUUGGGGACGAGGCCCCGGGCAGUGCCAUCUCUCUCAGGGACGUCAACGUGUCUGCCUAG